AAGCGUUCGUCGUCAUCAUCAUUCGUGGACGGUUGAUAGUGCUCGUGUUUCCUCGUUUGCUUUACGUCUGCCUGUUGUGUAGUAAGCAGAAGGUACCGUACGUAUCAUCAGGCAAGGCGUUGUUGAAGAGCUCAGAACAGAGAAUCGGAAGCAUCUACUACGGAGCGAACUCAUAGGGUCCGCAUCAAACGGAAGGUGCAGAAGACAUUGGACUCGUGGCUGUGAAGCGAAGAAAGAACACGUUGCUUGAAUUAUUCUUUGUACAUCUACCCACUGCCUGGAAGAAGCAUGACCACUGAUCUGAUCAGGCAGUUAGUAAUCGUGAAGUGAAGCGUGUCCAGCCAGAGAGGUCAAGUUUUACGACGGAGAAAACACUGCGAAGAAACAAGAAGACCAAUAAUUCAGACAGUGCUGAGUGAAGAGGGGGAAGCCAGAAGAGGCAAACUGUUGGGUGCUGAUAAAAACUAUCAAAGUGAUAACGUGAAAGUGCGAUAAGCUGCGGAGAUUACGGAAAAGGCGUAGGGGUUGGAUGAUCGUGAUAAAAAUUCAAUAUGCACGUUGCCUGGCGGAUUAACAGUUUUCGAUGUGAAGAUUUUUGCUUCUAAGCGCGCAUUUUGUGUGAUAAGGUCGCCUCGAUUGGGAGCAUAGUAUUCGACGGCGUGAUCUCGUUGAGUAAGUGUCGGGUUAACAGAGGACUGUGAUGCAGACAGAUUUGUGAUAAUUGAACAAAAUCAUCAUCGUCGCCAACAUCCACUUGGGAGAAACUCGUCAAGAACGCUGAGUCGAUGGUGGCGGACAACCGUUCGAUGAAGGGUGACGGCAGUUUGAAGGCCGAUAUUAUGAAAUUUCACAACUACAGCAGUCCGCCAGAGAAAGUGAAGACACGAUCCGUCAGUUCAUCAUCGGAGCAAGAGUCCACACUUCUCCAGCAAGCCACGGAGCAGAAGCAGAAGCAAAUACCUUCCGGUCAGCAGCAGAUCAGCCUGAAGAAGAAAAUUACGCCUCAGCAACUGCUCGAGCUGCAGCAGCAGCGCGAACCACUGGCCAAGCGACUCCGCAUCGACGAGUCUGUCCCCGUCGAGGUGGAACAGCAACAGCCCCACGAGGAGGAGGAGGUGGAGGAGGAAGAACUCGACACAUCGGCCACGGAAUCGGAAACGGAAAUGGAUCAGAGCACGGAUAAUGAAAUGAUAAUCUCACACCCCUCGCAGCGGUUAGACGCCAAUGCGUUGAAGGCAAAGGCCACCACGACGGCAAUGGUCGUGACGACAGACGAUUCCGACUAUGGACCCAACGACAAACACGAACAGAAGAAAGUCAAGCGGAAAAUAGUCAGUAAACCCUGCAACAACAACACAUCGACAAAAGCGAAACUUCAGAUGGUGCAUGAGUUUCCCACAUUGUUCCUGGGACUGAGGCGCAAUCGAAUUUUCCUGGUGAACUCGCUGGCUCAAACGUUCGACCUCAAUCAGCGAGAUAUCAUCCUGACGUUGCGAAAAAUCAAACUAAACGAACACAAUGCUCGGUUAGCGAGCGUCUUUGGACUGACUGACAGUGAGGUGGACAUCCUGUUCCGUACGAGUGUGCCUAAAAUAGCCGACUGUUUGCGAAAUUUCAUUGUGUGGCCGGACGAUGUCACCAUGAAGCUCAACGUUCCCAUCUACCUGCGUCAACACUUCAACAAAAUCCACCUGAUCCUGAACUAUCUUGUGGUGAAGGUGAGGCAAAACGCCGUCAAAUUUCUCUCUCAGGCACAGUCGGAAACGUCCUAUUGCGAGGGGGACCAGUGUCACAAACUCAAAUAUCUAGUUGCCUCCACCCUGGAUGGUUGCGUGUGUUUUGUGUCGCGAGGUUUCGGCAUCCAAACGGACGACGAAGCCGUCCUGGCGCAGUCUGGCUUCCUCACCAAGUUCAAAACCAACACAAACCUCAUUGCCGGCAAAAAUUUCCACAACUUCGAAGAUCGCCUGACCAACGGGAACGAUCACGAUCACGAAAAUAACAACGGCGGAGGCGGCGGUGGCGAAUCCGACCUGGAACGGACAAUGACCACCAACGAAGAGGAUGACAACUUUGGCGAAAUCGUGUCGGAGAAAAUCAGCAAAAGCCGGACGUUCAAGCUGAAAAACUACAUCGAAAGUGUGCUGGAAAGCUUCCAGGGACACAUGAUCCUGUCGCCGAUGACGUGCGUAGAUGUGCGGUCGUUGGAACUGCUAGACGAUAUUGUGGUGAUCGUCGGGGCGCUCAUCAACCUGCAGAAGCAGGAAGUGGAAUAGAGAAUGUACGUGCAUCCGUGCGCGUAUUUGUUUGUGUGUUCAGAAGAUCCAUAUCGGCCGGAUUGUCUCUUUUUGGCGCGCUUGCCCAUGCUCUUUUUCUCCUGUACGAUUAGUGCUUUUACUUUGUUGACGAUUUCUGUUCUUUACGGGAAUUUUUUUCUAUUUCCGGUAUCCUUCGGAGUUGGAGUGGCAGAAGGGCCCCCGAUGAGGGAUACCCAAACCAUCAGUUAUGUGGUUCGAAUGCGCUAGGCCGUAUUGUAGAUAAUUUAUUAUAAUUAUUAUUAUUAUCAUUGAUGUAAGGUUAACGCGUAGUAAUAACAAAAAAAUAAAAGUUUACUAAUGAAGUCUAAGGACCGGCAACAGAUUUAUGGAAAGGACGAGUUGAAGCAACUGAAUCGCUAUACUACAGUUAAACUGCUUUCAUAGUUUGAGUAGGACUGGGAAGAGAACACACGGAAGUUGAUUGGACAGAGAGAGAGAGUAGGUUCUCUUAUGGGAUGCUUCAUGCUUUGAAAUUACUGAAAUUAUUUCCUGUUUUUCCUGACAUCUCAUUAUUACGUAAUGAAUGGUAGCCUUUGAAAUUAGUUUUUGUUUCGACUUGAUCAGACGUAACUUUUCUGACAUGACAGAUGAACGUAAUUUGCGCACGUAACUGUAAAAUAUUUACAUUUAAAUUUACCUUCACUGGUACUUUUCCAUGUUUUACAAAUGUACACAAUUUCUUGAUUAAGAUCUUCAAUAAAUACAAGUUUGCUUCCAUUACUUCAUGUUAA